CGGAUUUUCCUUGGAGCGUGCAUGUCUUGGUGUCCUUUGUUUUCCCUGUUCUGUGUAAUGGUCACAUGAUGAAAGAGUUGCUUCGUCUGGAUUUUAGUCAUUCCUUAUCAGUAUUUAGAUUGUAUUUCAGUUUGCCUUCCUGAAUCAGACUACUGUGUAUGUGCGUGUGUUUGUUCUCCAGUAUAGAAUGUGUGGCGUCUUACCAAAUAGUCAUGUCGAGUACGAAAGUUUGCAAGAUGAAACAGUACAAAUUAUUGAAGACGAAGUCCUCGUAAAAUGUUGGGGGUAUAAAUGUAACUGUGCCAAAACAUUCUUGUUUUAUAUUUCAUCGAUUUUACUUGUUGGAACGCCUUAUUUAGUGCUUCAUUGGUGGUCUCACUACGAGGCCUACCUAAAAUGUUCAAGGUGUUCAUUAUCAGACGCUGACCAUGUACUUCUUGAGUCUGAAGGGCAGAAAUAUUUUCAUGCAGUGGUUACAACUGAUGGCAUUUGUAAUGAUUAUGCCAUUGGUCAGUUACGAUAUUUUAUCCAUCAGGAACUGAAGUUUAUAUGGAGCAGUAGCUUAAACAGAUUCUAUCGACUGCAUGGACUGGAUGACCAGAGUCUAACGUUGUCUGAAAUUCUGGAUGGAAGCAAAGGCCACAAUUCUGAAGUACGACAACAGAUGUGUUUCCUGUAUGGUGAAAAUACCAUGUCAGUGAAAGUCAAGUCUUAUUGGUCAUUGUUUGUGAAUGAAGUUGUGAAUCCAUUUUAUAUUUUUCAAGUCUUCAGUAUUACUUUGUGGUCGUUAGAUAAUUAUUAUUAUUAUGCUGGGUGUGUCCUCCUGCUAUCAGCACUUUCUAUUGGAAUAUCUUUGUGGCAUACCAAACAGCAAAGCAUUUCACUGAGCAAACUUGCUGAGGAAUCCUGUUCAAAUAAAGUGACUCUACAAUGUGAAAAUGGAAAAUGUGUGGAGGUUGAUUCAAAAUAUUUGGUCCCAGGUGAUGUGAUCAUAAUUCCACAGCAUGGAUGCUUGAUGUCCUGUGAUGCCAUCUUGUUGAGUGGCAGUUGCAUUGUAAAUGAGAGCAUGCUUACUGGGGAAAGUGUGCCUGUGACAAAAACUCAGCCUUCGCAUUCAGAUGCUGUGUACAGUCUGCAAGAACACAAACGGCAUACUUUGUUCUCUGGCACUCGAGUUCUGCAGACACGGUUUUAUGCAAAUCAUCAGGUUUCUGCUCUUGUAGUUCGUACAGGAUUUUCUACUCUAAAAGGCGAAUUAAUCCGAUCCAUCAUGUUCCCUAAACCCAUAGGGUUUAAAUUUUAUCAAGAUUCUGUGAAGUUUAUAUUGGUUCUCUUCGCAAUUUCUCUUCUGGGAAUGGCCUUCUGUAUCUAUGUAUUCCUGAGGCAUAAAGCGACCUUGAAAGAGCUGAUAUUGCGGACAUUGGAUGUCAUCACGAUAGUAGUUCCACCAUCAUUACCAGCUGCCAUGACAUCAGGCACGGUUUAUUCACAAAAUCGUUUGAAGAAGCUGGGUGUGUUUUGUAUUUCACCUCCCAGAAUUAAUGUUUGUGGAAAGAUGAAAGUUAUAUGUUUUGACAAGACAGGAACCCUGACAGAAGAUGGUUUGGAUAUGUGGGGUGUUUUACCUUCGAAUGAUGCAAAAUUUGAAGUGGAACCAGUUCUUGAUAUUAAAAAGCUUCCUUACAAAUGCCACUUAGUAACAGCAAUGGCUACAUGCCACUCACUCACCCAUUUAGAAGGCAAUCUUGUUGGAGAUCCACUUGAUGUCAGCAUGUUUGAAGCAAUAAAUUGGGAACUAGAGGAACCAGCUUCUGAUACUGCACGUUUUGAUAAUCUUGCUCCCGCUGUAGUCAAACCCAGGAUCCUGUGCGGUGGGGAGGGAUCUUUCCUCAUGACACCUUUCAAUGAAUCUGAGAUUCCAUAUGAAGUUGGGAUUCUACGUCAGUUUCCUUUCACAUCUGCAGCUCAGUGCAUGUCAGUCAUCACUAGAGUUCUGGGCAGCAAGUUCAUGACAGUUUAUUGCAAAGGUGCCCCAGAAAAAAUUGUUAGCCUGUCCAGGAAAGAAACUGUGCCACGAGAUCUACACAGAAUACUUACAAAUUAUGCCUCUGGUGGCUUCAGAAUUAUAGCAUUGGCAUAUAGAGAUUUAGAUCCCAAGUUUUCAUGGUCCCAAGCACAACGAGCCAGAAGAGAAGUGAUGGAAUGUGAUCUUACAUUUCUUGGACUUCUGAUGCUGUGUAACAGCUUAAAGGCCGAGACACUGGGUGUCAUUCACCAUCUACAGACAGCUAAAUUACGGUGUGUUAUGGUUACAGGUGACAAUAUUCUUACAGCAGUCAGUGUGGCAAGAGACUGUGGCAUGGUACUACCAUUAGAAAAUGUUAUCCAGGUUGUAGUUACUCAAUCUGAAGAUGGUGAAUCUAUGUCAUUAAAGCUGAAGCCCAUUGGAGGAGGCUUGUACCCUGAAUCUCCAAGGAAUGAUUAUAGUAGUGAUGCUGUUAUUACCUUGGAUCUGGGUGCUAACUGGCAUUUCGCUGUUGAUGGACACUCUUGGAAAAUGAUCAAUGAUCAUUACCCCUAUCUUGUUCCACAAAUCGCAGCAAAGGGAACCAUAUUUGCACGCAUGUUACCUGAUCAAAAAGCUCAGUUGGUUGAAUCACUGCAGAACAUUGACUAUAUUGUGACAUUUUGUGGUGAUGGUGCAAAUGACUGUGCUAUAAUAUUGUUCAAGUGCAGGCAAAGAAAAAUUGGCCAUGAGGGGUCUCUCUUAUUGAGAUUUGAAGAACCAGUUAUUAUUGCCCUGAAGACAGCUGAUGUUGGUGUGUCAUUAUCUGAGGCAGAAGCUUCUGUAGCUGCACCAUUUACCUCAAAACAUGCUAAUAUUGAAUGUGUUCUGCAUCUUGCACGUGAAGGGCGAUGCGCUCUUGUUACUAGUUUUGGGUUAUUCAAAUACAUGGCACUUUAUAGUUUGAUCCAGUUUUUUUCAACUCUCAUACUGUAUAAUCGCAGUUCCAUAUUAGGAGAUAUGCAGUUCCUGUACAUAGAUUUAGUUAUCACAACAUCACUUACUCUAGUUAUGGGACUGACAGGUCCGUCGAAGAAAUUAGUCCCACAGAGGCCUACCGGGAGCUUAGUAUCACUUGCUAACAUAGUGCCAUUAACAAUUCAUGUUAUGUUAGUGGCAUUGAUGCAGAUAGCAAGUUUACUUUUUCUUACCCAACAAAACUGGUUUGUGCCCAUUGAUCCUGCAACACCGGGGGAGCAUAUUUUGUCUUGGGAAAAUACAACAGUAUUCUGUACAAGUUGUUUUCAGUAUUUAGUACUUGCAGCAUUAUUUUCAAAAGGCCGUCCACAUCGUACACCAUUUUACACAAACUGUCUGUUAACAACAUUACUCAUAACACUUGGCAGUUUUACUGCAUGGUUGUUAGUGUAUCCCUUAAAACCAGUGGCAGAGUUUUUUGAAGUGGAAUCACUUUCAGAUGUUGAAGGUCAGCAGAUGUAUAGAUUAUAUCUACUGGGAUUUUCUGCAGUUCACAUGAUCUUAGCAUUCCUUGUGGAGACCUGUGUGGCAGACAAGAAGUGGAUGAAGACAUUUCUUCAUUGCAUCACAAGAAAGCGUGAACCAAAAAGUAGAUAUAAGAAAGUAUGUCUUGAUAUGGCUACUAAUGAUACGUUGUUAAAUUAUGUUGAUUCAUAGAGACAGCUGAGUAGUGUGUAACUACUCAUAUCUUACAUUCAUGUUUUUUCUUUGUUGUCUUAUAAAAUCUCCAAAGUAUUUCAACCACAUAGAAACCAAAGAAUUUUGGUGUCAAAAAUGGAUUGUAUUCAAAUAUUAUUUUAUAAGAAAGAAUUAAUAUAAUAUAUAGUAUUACAUGAAUCUUUAAAUAUAAAUUUUAUGUUGAUCAAUCAGUGUGAAUCUUAUGUUAUAAGUAUUUUUAAUCUGAUUUUGUCAAUUCUUUAUCAUGAUCUGUAGCAAACAUAUUGUAGCUGUUGAAGUCAUUCAGUUGACCUAAGGAAAAAAUUUUAUUCCAUAGAAUGCUUAUUUUAACUGUGAUGAUUUUAUAACUGUGAUGAUUUUAUAACUGUUUGUUGAACAUUAUGCUCAGUCUUGUCAAGACAGGGCUUGAAAAAUCAGACGUUAGCUGCUUAACAAGUGCUGCCAUAAUAUUUAGAGAGAAAAUUAUAUUCAAUUUUGCUGAAACAGGUUAUGUGUUACCUGUGGGUUGUGUAUUUACAUCUUUAAAGGCAUUAUGUUGUAGCUACACAGUGUUCCUGACAUUCAGUAUUUUCUGUAUAGUCAGUUUUAGUGUGAUGAUAUUUUGUUUCUUUUUAAAUUAUGGCUGUGUGUAAUUAUCAGUAUUUACAGAAAAAGCUAUUUUUAAUGAUAUGAAAAGUUGCUACUAAACUAAAUACUUUUUGUGAUUUUAGGGAAUCAUUCCAAUGUGAGAUUUUUAAUUUUUGCAUGUGUCAGUUUAAAAUUCUCUUGACUUAUUUUCAUGCUAAAAUAUGUUAGUACUUUUGGGUUCUAUUGCUGUAUACUUUUAUAAAUACUUUAAUCAGUUGCUGGAGAAAAUUUUGUGGUUAUUUUAUGUUUAUUAUCUAUCAUUUUUAAAUGCAUAUUUUAAUUUUCUCUAGCAAUGUGGUAAUUCAUAACAGAAAUAAGAAGACCACAUGAUAUGCAAGAAAUAGUGUGUUUGUGGAAACUACUGAAACUAUAAAAACUAUUUUCUUAUCAUUUUUAGAUCUGUAUGUAUCUGAAUUUCAGACACCUGCACCAUCCAGUGUUAUAUUUUUAUUCUGCUCCUGCUCUAUUUCAUUCUGUUUUCUGCAUUCUUGUGUUCAAUUUUAAUAUGUCUUUUUGGUCUUACUGAGUCUUCCUCUGUGCUUUAUAUCAAGAACUUGUUGGUUAGUCCCAUUUUCUUCUGAUGAUUGAAUGCUUGCAGCUGUCAACGUUGGUUAUCUGUUUAACCUUAUCUGAAUCUCUUAUACUAUAUUCCUUGACAAUCUAGAAAUGUAUACAUCUUGUGUUCCUUAAUGCCAUUGUCUUUUUUCAUGAUGUUGUCAGUAUACAACAGUAUUACCAACUGACUCUUACAUUUUGUCGUUUCUGUUCUUCAUAUCGUUUACUGUAAUGUUUGGUAAGUGCAAUGAAAUUAUGUGAUGAUAGAAUGCAAGUGUAAUAUUGUCUAAUUGCUAAAACAUAAAUACCAUUCUAUGUUUUUUUCAUUCAGCUAAGUAUUUUCAAUAACUUCAUCUAGAUAAAUAAUAAUGCAUCACCAUCUUGCCAUUUUUGAAUAAGCCAUUUGUUGCUCAUGCAUUUCAACUUCUGAAUCAUUCCUACACAACUCUUGAUCAGAAAGAGAUUGGCUUGAUUAACCCAAAUUUUUGCUGAGUCAUGCUGACUGUUGGAAGUUCUAACUUCUAACAUUGAUCAUGUCUUGGUUUUUAAAGUUUUCUCUUUUCCAUUGAAUUUUUUAGCGAUGCUUUAUAGUCACCACUAGGCUUAAUAGAAGCAUAAUGUGUUAUGUUCAGAGUCCUAGUAAGGCCAUAUGUAGCUCCUUCAUACAUGUAUAAUUUUUUGUCCAUUUUUGUGUAUGAAAUAUUCACAGUGUGAUUUGAAUUGUUUGCAGUAAGGGAAGAUUAAAUGGCAGGCAUAAGGGAAAAAAAUUAACAACUAAGUGUUUGGAUAUGACAAUCAUUGUAGUCUAUGGGUCUACUUCUUUUCCUGAUAGUAUGUUGUUAUUCUUCCUGUUAUUGCUGGAAUUGUUUCACUCUCCUUUGAUACAUAUUCCAACUAUGUGCUCAGUUUUUCUUUCUGUAUGUGGACUGAAUGUUUGCUCAACAUACUGAUCUUUCUUAUAUAUCUAAGGAAAUCACACUUUCCUGGAGACAUAAGAGUCUCAACUUUAUCUUUGCUAAACAUAGCAGCUGAAGCAAUAAAUUAAAAUUUGCGCCUCAGCUGGGACAUUAGCUGUGUGACUACCACAGCUGCACGGACUACCUAAGUCCAAUGCCUUCCCUAACAUAAAUGUCAGCCCUUCCUUUUCAAAUGGAUGAGGAAAAAGGUUUUGAGAAAUUUUUAAACUUGUCUUUCAAAUACUUAGAAGAAGGAAUUCAAAAUUUAGUGACUCAUAAGAUUUUACACAAGGAAAAAUUGUGUUUUUAUUUGUUCUUAUUCUUCUAGAAGCAUACUGUUUACAUAUACACACUUUAAUCAUCCAUGCUGCCCACUGUAUCAGGCUUUAGCUAAUUGUCAAACAGGUGGGCUAUGUGACCUCCUCUGCCCCCCUCCCCCCUACCCAUUAACUGUUCUAACAAUAUUGUGAUAAAUGUUAUAUUUAUGUAGCAUGUUGUAACUCGUAACUAUGGAUAUUUUCUAGGUGUGUCAAGUUGUUGGUAUUAUAAGUUCAUUCAAAUUUUGUAUAUAUGUGCAAGUUUGAGAGGAUCAUCUAGAAUAAGCUUAUGCAAUGUAAAUGAUGGCUUCUGAGUGGCUUACACCAGUCUUCACUGUGGGAAUCUCUGGUUUUUCUAAUAGAUACAAUGCCUGUGAAAUGUCUUAUGAAUAGGUAAUUUACAAAGUCAUCCUUCUGUUAUGUAACGUCAUGGUUUGUCAAAAAAGUGAUUAUCAUCCUAUGAUUUCAUGAUGGCUAAGUUAAAGGAAGUUUUUUCUGGCAACAUUUCAUUUCUUCUAAACUUCUUAUCACAUCAUUUAACAAAAGUGUAACGAAGCAGCCCUCCCAAAGGUAAUCAUUAAAAAUGCAAUGGCAAAACAUUGCUCAAGGACUUUAAUUGAAAUUAAAUUGACAGAACCAACUGUUAGUAAUAUUGUUAAGAAUAUAAGUUAAAAAACAUUGAAUGCAAGAGAAAAUCCUUAUAAUUCAAUUUGUAAAUCAUUUUCAGUAAUGAAGGAGUGCAAUAGAUUGACUGGCAGCAUUGUCAUUAUGAUUCCAGUUUGUUAAAUUAUCUGAAGCAUGGGACUGUUUGUUCUUGAUUAUUUUUGACCUCUCAGUAAAGUGAACAUUUCCUUAUUGAGGCCUUAUCCUGUCUUUUCUAAUAUUUAUGUUUUGUGCAUUCAGAUAAAAAUUAAGGCUUAAAUAUCCAGUUACUUCGACAUUCAAUGUUUGCUCUAAGCAUAACAAGUUAUAUUCCACUGCUGCCACUUAUCAGGUAUGUAAGGACACUCAAAAAUUAGAAAAAAUUCUAGAUAUAAUCAUUGUUGUAUGCUAAUUUGGUUCUUUUGUUGCCCAAAAAUCUCUCAUAAUCUAUAAAUUCUCAAAGUAAGUUUUUUGUGCAAGAAAAUUUGAAGUGUAAUUUACUAGGAAAACAGAUCAGUGAAUUUAUGUUAAUGAAAAUUUUGAAGAAAGGAAAUAGCAAACAUUUAAUAAUUUAACUUUCUCUGAGAAUAUUGAGACAUUACUCUUGGAUUUUAAGUUCUUACCUAUCUCCCCUUUUCCCUUCCUCUUUACUGCAUUUUCUGCUUUAAGGAGUAUUGUGGUUUGUAGUUUCAUCAAAAUAAUGUCGAUGUUGUUGCUAGUCUUUAUGAUGGAACUAUUACCCACCUAGCACCUGUUUCACUGUUUUUGUUUUUCUCUAAAAAAAAAAAAUCCCCCCAAUAAAUAUUUCUUCCAAUCAAAUGUGAUAUAGAAACAGUAAAUUAGACAGCAGAUUUACUUCUGAUAUUCCUAAGUAUCUCUCAAAAAAGUAAAAACAUUGUAAAUAUUUUUAAUGAUUAUUAUUUUUAUUAUUAAAUUUCACUAAAAUAUCAAGAAUCUCUGAGUAACUGUAAGUUGCCAGUUUUGCAACAUCCAUUGUGCCUCACUAUUUACGAGCCUGUUUCCUCUGCAAAUCAUUGCAGAGUUUACUGUAGACGAUGUCCAGUAAAUAUUAAGACUGACCUUUGCUGUAUCACAUUUUGAUAUGUAGUUACUCUAUGUUGCUGUAUUUAAUGGACUAUAGCAGUUUUAAUAUCAGCACAGAGGUAACAAGGAGGGACUUCAACAAAUUUGCUCUCACUUUAAUGGCAUCUUGAUGCAUGUGUGUUCCAUAACUGUUAUGUGUAUUAUAAGUAAAUGAUUUUGAUCAUAUGAAUUACAGUGAAACAUCCAUGACA